GCUUAACCCUAGUCAAUAACCCUAAUUUGUUUUAUUUUGCUUCUUCACUGCCUCUUACAAACCAAGUGAGUCCUUCUCCGAUCUAAAAAACAUUCUUCUCCAAUCUAUUCAUCAUCACAUCUCUUCUCCUUCAUCAAUUCAUUAUCAUCUAUUCAUCUUUAUCCUCUAAAAACUCAAUCAUUCAUGUCUAAAUCUGUCCUCGACGAACUUAAACUGAGAAAGCGAGAAACCGACUCAUCAACCUUGUUUAAUGCAAUCUCGCUUAAAGCUGGAAUAAGAAAGUUUGAGAUCGCCGUGGACGAGGCCGUCAUCGCCCGAGCCUCAUAGUCGGAGUCGCAGCCGUCACACUACACACAGCUUUUUCAAAACCCUAAAAUUUUUACAAGUCUGGGCUUAUUAAUUGUGGGUUGGGCUUAUUGAUUGUAUGUUGGGUUUUGUUAAGUGUAUUGGGCUUUUAUUUUGUUGUAUUUGUAAUAGACCAAUUUCUUUUUUAAUGUGUAAACCGGAUAAACCGAAGAAAAAAAAGAAUUUGGUUCAUAUUCGGAACAUAUUUUUUAGGCUAUAACCGACCCGAACAAACCGACGUCCGAACCGACCCGAACCGAAUUUCAAUUCGGGUCUAUUCGGUGAGAUUUUUAGAAAACCGAAUUUCCACCAAACCGAAUAACCCGAUCCGAAUAACCCGGUUUAACCGAACUCCCAGGCCUAAUUUUUC